UGCUUUUGACUUCUGAUUUAUUACUGAUAUCUUAUUGUAGAAGGCCCUUUAAAUUAACCACUCACUACUCAUAAGCCGGCAUUCUUUCGUAGUUUGUUCUUGGCUUAAUGAUUGCUACACCAAAUUUAUUAGCGUGUCAAUAUGAUACCUAAAGUAGAAUUGAUCGCUGCAGCAUGUGAAAAUAUGGGUAUUGGAAUAAACGGUAAUUUGCCCUGGCGUUUAAAGAGUGAAAUGUCGUUUUUCACUCGCAUGACAACAAGUACGAUAGACAAAGAUAAAAAGAAUGUCGUACUUAUAGGGCGACGCACAUGGGAUAGCAUCCCUGAAAAGUACCGGCCUCUAAAAGAUCGCAUUAAUAUGAUUUUAACAUCACAAUCAUUGAAUUACGGAGACAAAGUGAUAACAUGUAAAAGUUUAUUACAUGCUUUUGAGAUAAUUGCAAAAAUGCAGAAUCAAAUAGAAAGGGUAUGGGUUAUAGGAGGAAGUAGUGUAUACAAGAGCGCCAUGGAAUCACCACACUUCAAGCGAUUGUAUCUAACACGUAUAAAGAAAGAAUUUGAAUGUGAUACAUUUUUUCCACCUAUUCCAAAUGAUCUUGUGUUAGUGCGAGACCCAGCUGUACCACAAGGUAUACAAGAAGAAAAUGGAAUUGAGUUUAUAUAUGAAGUAUAUGAAAGACAAUAACAGUCAAUCUCAAUCUAUUUCAUAUAUCCAUUCUAUAUGACAAAAUCUACAUUCCAUAUAACAAUCAUUUAAAUUUAUACAAUAUAUUAAAAAAUUUUUUUUUUUGCAAUAUUCUUUCUUUUUUAUGUAAAUUUGUAA